AGUGACGUCACCGAUUCUAAAUAAUCUAAAAUUUAAAAUAUUAAUUAUAUUCUGCGAAUUAUAAUAAAGUAUUGUACGCUCACUUGAGCGAAGAUAACGAUUUUUAGUAAUUAUAGCAAUAAAUCAUGGGGAUUUAUACGAUUUCGGUUCCGACAAGUGACAUAACCUAAUUCUCCCUGGAUGGAGACAGAAAUGAUAACAAAAUGGUAUUUGCACAAUUAUUUGACGUUGGAAUAGUUUAAAUCGUGUUCUCCACGUAGCAAAUAAUGUGAAAAUGUCAGCUUUAUCGUGGAAGGAAUUAUUUCCUACAAAACUCAGUUUUGUCAUUUUUGUGGCAUAUAUUUUGUUGUUUGUAGGACAAGGUAUUUUAGUGACGGCGUCACAAAAGUCUGAUAACCAGUAUGACUAUAAUAUAGUUACGGUAGUUCUGCUAACUGAGGUACUCAAAUUGGGGCUGUCGUCAGUACUUUACUGCAAGGACAACUCGCCACAAUCUCUAGUCCAAAAUGUAAUCGAUAAUAAGAAAAUCUUAGCCCUUUAUUUUGUACCUGCUCUUCUUUAUUGCUUCUAUAACAAUCUCUCGUUUAUUAACUUAUCAGUAUUUGACCCCACAACGUACUAUCUACUACUUCAGUUGAGAGUAGUAGUAACUGGAAUAUUAUUCCAAGUGAUAUUUAGUAAAACUUUAAGCCGCAAACAAUGGCUAUCGCUCGUCAUUUUAACGUUUGGAUGCAUGUUGAAGCAAAUCAACUUCACUGAAGCCUCCCACGACCAAAAAACCCCCUCUUUGGACAUCGGCCUCAACGGUAUUUUUAUCCUGAUCCAAAUUUUCUGCUCGUGUCUAGCGGGCGUUUACAACGAGUAUCUUUUAAAAAAGCAAGGCGCCGAUGUAAACAUAUUUAUCCAGAAUAUUUUCAUGUACUUAGAUUCUAUAGUCUGUAACGUUGUUCUCCUAGUGAUCAGAGGAAAUCUAGAGACGGCUUUCACCUACUCUAGCCUGUCUAAAGUUUUCCACUACAAAGUCUUACUUGUCAUGUUUAACAAUGCGGCGAUCGGGAUCGUCACUAGUUUUUUUUUGAAAACUCUAAACUCUAUUUUGAAAACUUUUGCUAGUGCCUUGGAACUAAUCCUCACGGCUGUGUUAAGUUACUUAUUUUUUAGUAUUCCUAUUUACUUGAAUACGGUUCUCGCUAUCGGUACGGUUAUGUUUGCGGUGUAUUUGUAUUCCCAGAAUCCGGUGUCGAAUCCGUCUAAGGUUAGACAGAGCGAACAAGUAGCGUUAGUAAAGGCGGAGGAAGUUUGAUUAGGAUUUAGAUAAUGUGUAGUGUGAUACAUUAGUGGUAGUUGGUGUGAGAGAGUGUGAUUUAUUUCGAUGCAAAGCAUUUUAUGAGUAGUGUGAAUUGUUGGUUGCAUAAUCAAAUUAGAUCAAAUUAUAUCGUGUUAUGUCAAAAAGUUUUAUAAUAAAUUACGUAUAUUAUCCUGA